AUGACAUACAAAGACGUGACAGAAGAACAGUUGCAAACUAAUCCAUAUGUUAAGCUUGUACCGGGUCAAACCAUAGUUGAGAUCCCUGAAUACACAUUAGAGUGUGGCGAGACAUUACACAAUUUUCCUGUUGCCUAUAAGACCUGGGGUAAGUUGAAUGAGACUGCUGAUAACGCAUUAGUGAUAUGCCAUGCAUUGAGCGGGUCUUCUGAUGUUGACGAUUGGUGGGGAGAGUUACUUGGAACUGAUAGAGCAUUUGAUCCUUCUCGGUUUUUGAUUAUUUGUAUAAAUUUCCUUGGAUCGCCUUAUGGGUCUUGCUCACCAGUUACAAUCGACAAGAGCACCGGAAAACCUUACGGACCUUCAUUCCCAUUGGUAACAUUUAAGGAUGAUGUUAAAAUACAGAGAUUGAUAUUGGAUUCAUUGAAUGUCAAACGGUUAGCUGCUGUGGUGGGAGGAUCCAUGGGAGGAAUGUUGGCACUAGAAUACCUGGCAAUAUAUAACAACACUGGAUACGUGCAGAAAGUAGUUGCAUUGGCUACUGCUGCUCGGACUUCAGCUUGGUGUAUAUCUUGGAAUGAAACACAGAGACAAUGUAUUUUCAGUGAUCCUUUUUAUGAUGACGGUUACUACUAUGAAACCGGAAAUAAGCCAGAUUCUGGAUUAAGUGCAGCAAGAAUGGCAGCCUUGCUUACUUAUCGUUCUAGAAAUUCUUUUGAAAGUAGAUUUGGCAGAAAGUUAGGUAAGAGAUCUCCUAGUGAUGGUAGUGCCAGUCCUAGAACUAAACAUGAGGAGCAUUCUUUAUUGCAUAAUGAUGGAUCAAAGCUUGUCAAUGGGGCUCCUGUAAACGAAAAAUACCCACCAACUUAUUUUUCAGCGCAAUCAUAUAUGCGUUAUAACGGCUCCAAAUUUAUCAAUAGAUUUGAUGCCAAUUGUUACAUAGCCAUCAGUCGGAAAUUAGAUACUAAUGAUCUUUCUCGUGGUCGAGUCGAAGCACCCAACGAUGCUAAUGGUGAUCCAUUGGUUCAUGUUUUAAAGGGUCUUUCAACACCUACUUUGGUCAUAGGAAUUGAAUCAGAUCAUCUUUUCACAAUUACUGAACAAAAGCUUUUAGCUGAUAAUAUCCCAAAUGCUAUAUUUGAGACAUUGGAUAGUGAGGAAGGACACGAUGCAUUUUUGUUAGAGUUUGAGAAGAUAAAUAGUUUCAUCACCAGUUUUUUGAAUAACUGA